AUGCAUCGCACCGCGCGAGGUAACCGCAACCGUUUUGUCGCUAUCGGACUCGCCGUCACCGUUUGCUACUUGCUCUUUGCCAGAUGGACACCACGGACAUCACUGGAAUCGGCACGGCUGAGGCAGUUCAUGAAUGCAGAGGGACAGGCACAGCAGCCCGCGGUUGAACCCAGCAGUUUUGAUUGGGGCAAUGUCGAAUAUAAACACUCUGCCCAGGGCGUCUCUCAGGUUCCGCUCAGCAAGUUCGUGCGGCUCCCCAGGGUCCAAUACAAUUUUCCAAAGGAGACGCUAAAGGAGACCGAGUCACGAGAGUAUAGACGAGAACAGGUCAGGCGCACUUUCCAGCGGGACUGGGAAGCGUACCGCAAGUUCGCUUGGAUGAAAGAUGCUCUUAUGCCCGUCACGGGGGGCUUCCGCGACCAAUUUUCGGGAUGGGCCGCGACUCUAGUAGACUCACUGGACACGUUGUGGAUUAUGGGUCUGAAAGCAGAAUUUGACGAAGCAGUGAAUGCAGUGGCAAAGAUUGACUUUGGAAAUUCGACGUCAGGUAGAGUCAACACCUUUGAGACGAACAUCAGGUAUCUGGGUGGGCUGCUCGCUGCAUAUGACCUGAGCAAGCGACCUGUACUGCUUGUCAAAGCCAAAGAGCUGGGCGACUUGCUCUAUGGAGCUUUCAACACGGAAAACCGUAUGCCAGUGGACUUCAUCGAUUUCGAAAUGGCAAAAUCAGGCGAAGGACUGCAACUUGAAGCGUACGUAGUCUCGGCAUCGCCGGGAACACUAUCACUAGAGAUGACCCGGCUGUCGCAGGUGACUGGAGAUCCAAAAUACUACACGGCAGUGUCAGGAGUUAUGAAUCUUUUCUUUCAAGGCCAGAACAAAACCAACAUUCCCGGAUUGUGGCCUAUGAUGGUUUCGAUGGACAGGAAAGACGUCGUUUCUGGGAGUCAGUUCACCCUGGCAGGAUGUGCUGAUUCGCUGUACGAAUAUCUGCCAAAGAUGCACGGGCUGCUCCAAGGCGCCGAGCCCAUCUAUGACACCAUGUCAAGAGGGUUUCUGAAUGCAGCAGAUGAGCAUAUGAUAUUUCGACCGAUGCUACCCGACGAGGACGACAUUUUGAUAGCAGGAAACGCUAAUGCGGCAACGCAAGAACACUCGAAAUUGGAUCCCGAAACCGAGCAUCUCGCGUGCUACCUGGGCGGUGCAUUCGCGCUUGGUGGGAGAUUGCUUGACCGACCUAAGGACAUCGAAACUGGCGCUAAGCUCACAAGGGGCUGCAUGUAUGCCUAUAAGUCGAUGCCAUCAGGAGUAGGCCCCGAGCGCUGGAACAUGGUUGCCUGCGAGUCCCGAACUAGCUGCCAAUGGGACGAGUCCGUUUGGAACAGAGAGAAGAGGAAGCGGCCAGAGUGGAAGGAACAUCUGCCCAAGGGGUUCACCACCGUGAAAGAUCCUCGUUACAUUCUCAGACCAGAGGCCAUAGAGUCCGUUUUCCUACUGUACCGCAUCACCGGGAGGCAGGAGUUCCAAGACGCCGCAUGGGAUAUGUUCUUGGCUGUCAGGAAUGCGACGCAUACUCAACAUGCAAGCGGAUCUGUGCCGGACGUAACUCGUCCUGUCGAUACGUCACAGAAUGAAGACUACAUGGAGAGCUUCUGGUUCGCUGAGACCUUGAAGUACUUUUACCUUGCUUUCUCGCCACCUGACCUCAUUAGUCUAGAUGACUAUGUGCUCAAUACCGAGGCGCACCCAUUCCAGAGGCCACGAUGA